AUGUAUCAAAGACUGAAAACUGACGAAAACGAUUGGCAAAAUUUGGGACCACCAAAAUGGCAUCUUGCACGACGUCAUUUUGUUGCCGCAUUGGCUUUACUGGGAUUUGCCAACAUCUACGCAAUGCGUGCGAAUUUGAGUGUUGCCAUCGUGGAAAUGACCUCCGGUACAAGUAAGGAUGUGAACGGAACUCAUGUACAUGUAGAUUCUAUUUUCAUAAAACUUGAUGGCGUUGUGGCUAUUCUCAUCUUGGCGAAUUUUCUCGAAAUUCGAUUAAAGCCUGAAGAGACAGAGUUGCUGGACUGGAGGAACAAACGGCAAAGAGCUAGGCAACGAGCUUAA